UAUGUGUGAACAUCAAAAUGUCAUUCAGAUUAUUAUUCUGAUUGGGAUUAGUGGAAUAUACUAAAAUUCCAACAUGUCUAAUCAAAGAGAAUCUGUUUUUGAAACUCAAGCUGUCCCGGGAGUAAGAGAUACCGAUGAUCUUGAGGAUUUCGGUUUUAAGAGGCAUGAUACAGUGAUCCUUCAUCAUACUGGUCAAGUUGUACGAUGGAAUCGUAUGUCAUCCAUUAUAACGAAUCUGCCUACGGAUUCCUAUUGGAAUUCCCUGAUUCUCAUAUCGACGCUGAUAAACUACUUCGUUGGAACAAUAUGCUUCUUUUUUGCCAGAAAUUACCUGCUGAGUUUCAUUCCAAUCUAUGUUGCUUGUGAUUUGCUCUACCUUUUCAACGUUAUAGUAUUGUCCUUACACCGGUACUGGAAAGAUUUGAGUAAGAGAUCCUACACUGUUCGUGUUUCAACCUCAUCCUACGUACUGGAUAUAGUAUCACUUCUUCCACAAGAACUAAUAGCAGUGGCUAUUUUUGGAUCGAGUUCGAUCAUAUCCGUAUCCUUGAGGUGGAUAACUUUCAUCCGCUUGAGAUGUUUGAUUAGUUUCAUGAAGUCGUUCUCCCAAGUUCUGAACAACCGGUGGACUACAUUCGUCAUUGCCUUCUUCACAAUUAUGUGUGUUAUACAACACCUGUCCACCUGCUUGAUAUACGAAGCCAGUUGUCAUCACUUGAGAUGUAUUGAUCCAAGAUCACUAGUGAACAGCAGGCAAAGAGGGGCUAUAUCUUCGCUUACAUCCAACAUUUCAUUUGACAUCGAAGAACCGGAUUCGAUCUCGAAAGAUUUCUUUAAUUCAACCACUUUCAUGAAUAAAACAUUAAUUUCGAGCCAGAAGCAGGAGGUGCAUUGGUACGAUGGAAGGUGGUCAGGAAAGAUAAUAAGUAGAUAUCCGUAUUAUAAAAGUGCAGGAACUUUGGAUUGGUAUAUACUGAGUACUUAUGCGAUUCUGGAAUUAAUUCUGAGUAUGGGAUCUGGUAAUGUAGAACCAGAAAAUGCUAUGGAAAUGGUGGGAAUGACUUUGGUUAUGGUAGUUGGAUAUAUCUUCUUUUCCAUAUGGUUUAUAUCAUUCUCCUUCCAUAUGUUGACUAUAGUGAGGAGGAAUAGAGCAGAUUAUCUAUUCAAGAUUGAAAGUAUCAAGUUAUACCUCCAUGGGGUGAAUGUAAGUAAAGAAGUACUGCAUAAUAUCGACGAAUACUUUGAUAUACUGUGGAUGAAAAAAGAUGGAGUCAAAACAGCACCACAUUUUGAAACUCUGCCUCCUCCGUUACAAAUGGAGAUUAUGUAUGACAUAAACUGUGCCCACCUGCACAGGUCCCUUCUCUUUUUUGACUUGAAAGAGUUUUAUUUGAGGACACUGUCAUUGUUCAUGAAGCAUGAAUUUCUGCUACCAGGGGACAUUCUAUACUAUCAAGGAGUGGUGAAAAAGUCAUUUGUAGUUAUAAUCAAAGGAAUACUGGAAAUUUUAUCGGAUGAAGAUGACGAAAGUCCCAUUAUCGCCUUUCAAGGUGGAACUGUUCUAGGGGAGGCUUGCUUAUUUUUGAGCCUUCCUUCCAAAGCCACCGUGCGUGCUGCUGUUUACACUGAGGUGAAAUUAAUAGAUAGAGUGGAUUUCAUAAGAACGAUCUCUAACUAUCCUAUCGCUUUAUCUUAUCUGAGAGAAAGGAUAAACUUUCGGAUUAAAGAGACUAGAAGAAAUAUUGUGGUCAAAAAGAAUGAUCAUGUUGACUUUGAUAUCGGACAAAAAAAGGCAUUAGUUCCAAUAAAAGCUUUCAAAGAUCGUCUUUUGGAAAGGCAAAGGAAGGCUGCCCAACAAAAAGAUAAAUUUCGCAAAUCCACGGCUUUCUCUGGCGAAACAGUGACUUCAUCAAAGUUCUUUUUCAAUAUUUUGGAGCUUUAUCAACUAUCAAAUGAAGAUUCUAAUAUCGAGACCCCUGUAGUCUGUCUGACAUAUAAGUUCCCUUGGAUUUUGGAUUCUACCAGUUCCUUGGUCAGAAUUUGGGAGCACUUUGUAUUUAUCGUUCAUACAAUGUUCCUGAUUACAUAUGCUUAUCAAGUAGUAUUUUUGAGGCAACUAGAUGGGAAAGUUCACGGAAUGAGAUUUUUUUCUGAUGUUGUAUGUUUGAUAGAUGUCGCACUAAUGACAACUACCUCUGUUGUUAUGAAGGAUCAAGUAUUGCAAACUUUCAAGGAAAUUGUGAGAUAUCGUAUGAAGUCGUUAGACUUUUACAUGAAUGCUAUUCCUGUUUUCCCUUACGAAUACUUCAUGCUGGCCGUAGAUCAAAUUGAAAUCGAGUAUUACAAUAGAAUAUAUGACCUUCUCAUGGGAAUUAAAAUGCUCCGACUGAGACGAUGCUACUCCCUGAUGAAGAAAAUCGAAGUAUUUUAUUCGAAGAACAAUUCAGUAUUCAGUAUAUUCUACACUAUAAUUCAUUUUUGUGCCAUAACGUACUUCUCAGGAUGCAUAUUAUACCUGUGUUCUUGCUUAUAUGAGGUUUGUUCCGAAGAUUCAUGGUUUUUUCGAAUCAUGUUGAGGGCUGUUGAGAAUAAAGAAGAGGAACCUUGUUAUUUGCACCCGUUUGCAACUUCUAUGUAUUUAUCGGUCAACAUAUGGAUGCAUUUGGGACUUGGUGAUAUCAAAGCAGUUCUACCUGGAGACUUGUAUAUUUUUGUCAUAUACAUGGUGGUUGGACUAUUGCUUUUGACUUACCUUAUGUCUUCGCUCGCAGCAACUAUGUAUAUUAUAAAUGCAAAUUCAGAGUUGUUCCAACACGAAGUUUUCUCCUUUCAAAGGUUUUUGGAACACUACAAAGUUCCUAUAGAGCUCAGACAAGAAGUCAAAAGAUUUUUCGCCCUACGAUGGUCGUAUGACAGAGCUAUCGGAAAAAUACAGUUCAAGAAAAUGGCACCUAGCUAUCUCCAGAUGGUCGUGUUCAAGACAAAUCUGAUGAAAUUAUUGACUGGUGUACCUUUGUUUCAAAUAAUUGAUGUGGAUUUCUUGGUGGAUAUAAUUUUGUCAUCGAAUGUCACUAUUUUGCCAGAGGGUGCAACGGUUUGUUAUGCCGGUGAUGUAGACAGGGAAAUGUUUAUUCUUCAGAAAGGUUGCUGUGCCGUUUAUGACUUCAGAGGCAUAUUCGUCAAGAAUAUAAAGGCUGGAGACUAUUUUGGUGAUGUAGAAAUGUUGUUCAAUAUGAGUAAAUGUAACACUGUUCGAACAACUACUAAUUGCAAAUUGGCGCUGGUGACUUUCAGAGCGUUAAUGUCUGCAAUGAGCAUGUUUCCUGGAGAAAUGGCAAUUGUCAAUAGAGUUAUAAAUAAUAAAGAGUUCCUAAAACUUGCUGAAGCUAUAGAACUCAAAAAAAUGAUUACUUUCAUGGAAAAAGUUGAGGUAAAAAUUGUCAAGAAACGUAAGGGAUUUUUCAUCUACCUACAAAAGCUAGAAACUUCCUUCAUCUUUGCUGCAAACUGUUACAAGAAAUCUGGGGGCAAAGAGAAAUAUUGGGACCCAUUCAGGAAAAUGGGAAAGUGGCAAGUUCUUGGUGUAUUCUUGAUGCCGAUCACAAUUCAUCCUGACGCCUGGAUUCUGAAACUAUGGUUGAUGGUAAGGAUGGUACUCCUCGUGGCAAUGGGAAUGUGUUUUCCAUUGGCUCUUGGUUUACCUCCAGCGGGAGUUGUUGAGUAUGCUAUCAUCGGAAUGGCAGAAUAUUCCGCUUAUAUAGAACUCUAUCUUUUUCUCCACAUUGCUUAUUACAACCACAAUGGUCUAUUGGUAACUCAUCCAAAGCUGACAGCAAGGCACUACUUAACACAUGGGUUCGUCAUGGAUCUGACUGCUUCUCUCCCAUACUAUGCCAUUAUGCCAUGGCUCACAUAUAGCCAAGAUAAUCUAGAUCCGACAAUUGCACAUUUGGUCUCUCAUAAAACAUAUUGUCUGUGGCGAACCCUGUCUCUUCUGCAGUAUCAUCGAUUUAUCGGUUUCAUCUCCUAUCUGCAGUCAGACGUCCUCACGAGGAAAAAUUUCUAUAGUUUCCUGAUUAUACUGCCACUGGUGCUUCUCACAUUACUCAUAGGAACCACCGUAAUCAUCAAGGAAUGUCGAUAUACAUUCUUCACACAGGAAAUAGAGGAAUAUAAGACACUCUCCACCAUUGUUCUCUCCGAACUUGAUCAAAGCAAAACGUAUCAUGGUUACCUAUUAUGCAGGAAUGGUUCUUGGCUAAGUUACGUCAAGCAUCAUCAAGCUUCCAAGCCCAUACUGGUUAUAACCCUAGCUUUCUAUUGGUUCUUGAAUAUCUUCAGUCAAGUGGGUCUUGGAGAUAUUACACCCAAUAAUGAAUUUGGCAUGUACUGCACUUCAUUGAUAUCCUUCAUAGGAUUAGGCGUGUUCUCAUAUAUUUUGGCUUUUCUGAGUGGACAAACUGGAAGGUCAUCUAUAUUGGCACUAAAUUAUCAAGAAAAAAUACAAGAACUGUUGAAUUUUUUAAAUAAAGAAGGUGUGGUGGAAGGGAAGAUUAACAAGAUUUUUCGUUAUUUCGAAUAUGUCUGGAAGAGAACAAAAGGAAUGGAGAGAAAAGAGAUGCUUAUGGAUUUGAACUCAGCAUUGAAGGGUGAUAUUGCAUUACUCAUAUAUGAGAAGACUCUGAGGGAAGUACAGAUAUUCAGAAGAAUAUCAAGGCCCUAUUUGAGAGUUGUUGCGAAAAAUUUGAGAGAAGAAUACUUCUUGAGAAAUGACGUCUUAAUCAAAUGCUACGAUGUUCACAACUCCGUUUAUAUAAUUUUAAGAGGCUCAGUGAAUGUACUUACCCCUUAUGACGACGUUAUCACCAGCAUUGGAAGUGGAGGUAUCUUUGGCAAUAUUCAUCAAGCUGCUCCAGGUUGCAGUUCUGUAACUUUUAUAGCCGAACGGAAUGUUGACGCUCUCAAGAUUUCAAGCGAGAUGUUCCAUCUCAUAGCUCAAGAAUAUCCUGCUGUCAAAGAAGUUCUUGACAAGGCACUAAAAAAUGUUGGAGAUUAUAUUAUGCCUUCAUCAAAACAUAAGAAAACUUCUGAGGAAAGUCUUUCUCUAGGUGAGAUCAUUUCAACUGAUUUCUUUCAAUGA